CAGAACAAAAAGAAAUGAUUUUAACUUGAGGGAUCAUUAUUUUUCAAAGUAGAAAAUGACACUGUGAUGAUUCAAUCAGCAGUGAUACAUUAAUUUUUUACUUUUUAACAUAGUUAUUUAGACUAGUUUGUAAUUAAUAUAAAUCAGUGGUGGAUCAAUUCCUUAAUUUUAUAUAAAAAAUAUGUCGAGAGGUGGUUUUGCUAGUUCUGGUUUGGGGGGUCCAUCACGUAAUUAUGGCUCGGUCACAAAUAAUGAUCCUGAGGUGGGUUUUAGUCCUACCGAAUUGUAUAAUUUAAGUGAGAAUAUUACAACAAAUGUCUAUACAAUAAAUAAUAGUUGGCGGACUUUAGAAAGAGCAUUAAAGUGUAUUGGAACUGUUAAGGAUAAUCAAGGAUUAAGGGAUAAAGUACACGUAACACAAUUAAGUGCCAAUCAAAUAGUAGCUGUAACCAGUAAAGAUUUAAAACGCUUAACAGUCGUCGUACGACGUGGUGAUAAACAACAAAAAUUACAAGUAGAAAAAUUAACAGAAGAUUUUAAAGAGGCAGUUGCACGUUAUUCCGAUGUACAAAAACAGGUUGCUGAUCGUAUGAAAGCAAAUUUAUUGCUAGUGAAUAUCGAUGAUGCAUCAACACAAGACAACCAAGAAGAGAAUGAAGAUCGAGCAAGAGCAUUGCAACAGAAACAAAUGGAAAAUAAAGAGUUGAAAUUUGAACAAGAAAUGUUAGUGGAACGGGAACAACGAGUCAAACAAAUUGAAGAUGAUGUCUUAGAUGUACAACAAAUUAUGCGCGAAUUAGGAGCAUUAAUUUAUCAACAGGGUGAAACUAUAGAUACAAUUGAAAAUGGUAUUGAGCACGCAACAGAUAAUGUUGAAUUAGGUGCCAGUGAAUUAUUAAAAGCUGCUGAAUAUCAAAGGAAAUCACGUCGACGUAUGUGUAUGCUAUUAUCAAUAGCAAUGAUUAUUUUCACAAUAUUAUUGUGGAUAUUAAUUUCAUCAUUUCGAAGUGGUAGUUAAAAAAAUAAUAUGUAUAAUCCAAAACAAAAACAAAAUAAUCACACUAACCAUUUUACUCAUUUAACAACUAUUCCCUUUAUUAUCCAAUCCCUCAACCACCCUUUAUCACAAUCUAUACUCAACAAUUAAAAGAGAAAAUAAAAAUAACACUAACAAAAACAAAAACACCACCUUUAAUAUCCUUAAAGAAAAACGUUUAACCAAUAAAAAAAUAAAUAAAUACAUAUUAUUAUAAAUAUCUUUAUCGCAUCAUGUGACUUGGACAAUAUAAACAUAAUCAUUAUUGAAUUUACAAAUAUCUUCAUGGCCGGUUUAUGUAAUAAGAUAGUCGGGCGAAUUAAAUCAAAACUGUUAUUUAUAUUAGCCUAUUAGUUGUAAUGUCAAGUCGAGCAAUUUUGAAUCAGGAAUAAAUUGAUUUAUUUCCAAAUAUUACUUUUAAUGAUUACUUGUAGGAGAACCGAGCGUUCGGUUAGUUUACUGAUAUCUUUUAUACAUACUGAACUCCAUAUAUUUUAAAGAAAAAUUGUCGAUAUAUGGCGUGCCGGUGUUAAUUGAGUGAUUAGCACGUAGUCAUCCUAAUUAGUUUAUAUUAAAUAAAAAAAUAAUUUUGAUGAUUUAAGUUUUCCUAAAAACGAAAACUACUCGAAAUAAAUCGAAACUUCAUGAAUUAAUACUUGGUUUCUUUAGAGAAUUACAAAGUGGUUACAAGUUACAAAGUGGAGUAAAUUCAACGUAAUAAUUCAUAGAAUCCUCAAUUAGAUAAAUUCAUAUUUCGGAAGUGGAGACUGUUUUGCACAUUCGCACUUCUUCCUAAAUAUUGUUCAUAACUCUUUGAAAAAUUCUAGUUUUAUUACAUUUACUCGAAAUCCUUAAUUUAAUUGCGAAUGUUGUUUUUAAAAGGGAUAUGGUUCUUGACCAAGUAAAACACCUUUUUCAAAAUCAGAAAAUUACAGACUCUCUCUGGAGAAAUUUGAUCAAAUUAACUAAUUACUGAUUGAUAGUUGCUCAGUCUAAUAAUAUUAGGUAGUCGAAUAGAUCUCAUAAAUACUUUCGUAAAAUUGUUUUUAUUUGAAAUUCCAUUUUUAUUUGAGAUCCAUUUCUCUACCUAAUCAUU